UCUGUGAAUAAUUUUAGUAAUUUGGGAAUUACAUGAGACUAUCCAAGGACUAUUCUAUCUUUGGAUGUAUAUUGGCUCGUGAUACGUAGGAAACUACCGACUAUCUCUAAGUAAUUAAAGUGAAACUUCCUAAGAUCAUAAAUCACACUUUACGCUGUGAUGAGUUAGAACAAGUGUUGUGGUGUGCGUAUUGUGGUCGCCAUGGUAACGGCCGUGCAGAAAGCGAGCAACCGCUCGCCCCCUCCCGCCGCCCCUGCCAAGGCCCCCAAGAUCCCCAAACCUGACUACCCAGAAGCGGGUGCCAGGAUGUCGUACUCUGGUCUCAGUGAACACAUCGACUUCGAUGCGCUGCCAGACCCCAACACGCGCUUCGAGCUGCUCGAGGUGGUGGGCGAGGGCACCUAUGGCGAGGUCUUCGCAGCCAAGGAUCAUGACGAUGGCGAGAUCGUGGCGGUGAAGAUCCUGGAGAACAUCGCGGAGAACUUGGAGGAGAUCGAGGAGGAGUAUCUGGUGCUGCGAGACCUGAGCCUCCACCCCAACCUGCCUGCCUUUAAGGGCAUCUUCCUGAAGAGGGGAGACCGAGGGGAGGACGACCAGGCCUGGGUCGUCCUUGAGUUGUGUCCCCGCGGGUCCGUGACAGACGUGGUGCAGGCGCUGCUGCGGCGCGGCCAGCGUCUCACUGAGAAGCAGAUCGCGUACAUCUUGCGCGAGACUGUACAUGCAAUAACGUACCUGCACGAGAACCACUGCAUGCACCGCGACAUCAAGGGCCACAAUAUCCUGCUCACUGCGCACGGUCACGUCAAGCUCGUCGACUUCGGCGUGAGCUCGCACCUGGACAGCACCUGGGGGCGCCGCAACACCUCCGUGGGCACCCCCUACUGGAUGGCGCCUGAGGUGAUAGCGUGCGAGCAGCAGCUGGACUACAGCUACGACGUGCGCUGUGACGUGUGGUCCCUCGGCAUCACCGCCAUCGAGCUCGCUGAUGGGGAGCCGCCGCUGAGUGACAUACAUCCGAUGAGGGCGCUGUUCCAGAUACCCCGCAACCCGCCCCCGACGCUGGCCAAGUCCACGGACUGGUCGCCUCACUUCGUGGACUUCGUGGCCGAGUGUCUGGUGAAGGACUUCGAGCAGCGGCCCUCCAGCCGCGAGCUACUCAUGCACCCCUUCCUCAAGUCCAUCCCCAGCAACCCCGAAGAUGUGCGGCAGGAGCUGGUGCAGCUUUCAGACGACCUGCGCAAGCGCAACCAGCUCGUGAAGAAAGACCCGGAGACGACCAUCAAGGGCGGGGCCAUCAAGGCGGACCGCCGCACCAAGAGGACGCCCCUGUGGAUGGAUGACCUCGCCUCCCUGGAGAAACUCACCCCGGACAGCAUCGUGGAGCACAUCCAGAGGCGCUACGGCAACGACAUCAUCUACACGUACAUGGGAGACAUCCUGAUAGCUGUUAACCCAUUCAAGUACAUGCCCAUCUAUGGUGAACGUGAAUCACGCCUGUACCGCGGUAUGGUGAAGAGCGAGAACCCGCCCCACAUCUACGCGAUGGCAGACGCUGCGUACCACGCGCUGCUGCACCACAAGACGAGUCAGUGCAUCGUCAUCUCCGGCGAGUCCGGCGCCGGCAAGACCGAGAGCGCCAACUUGCUGCUCAAGCAGCUCGUUACGCUCGGCAAAGCGCCGAACCGCAACUUGGAGGAGAAGAUUUUACAAGUGAACCCAAUAAUGGAGGCGUUCGGUAAUGCCAAGACCGGCAUCAACGACAACUCCUCCCGGUUCGGAAAGUACCUGGACCUGACCUACACGAGGCUAGGGAAGGUGACAGGGGCGCGGGUGUCGGUGUACCUCCUAGAGCAGAGCCGCGUCGUGCACCAGGCCGCAGGUGAGCAGAAUUUCCACAUCUUCUACUACCUGCAUGACGGCCUGGAGUACGUGGACCGCCUCCGCGUGUACAGCCUCGAUGCGGGACGCCGGGACAAGCACCGCUACCUAGCAGGGGACAGCUGGUCCCGGCAGACUGCCAAGAACAACGUGCGCCAGUUCCAAAAAGUGGUCGAAGGCUUUAAGUCGCUGGGCUUCAAUGACGACGAACUGGACUCAAUCUACAGGAUAUUGGCGGCCAUCAUCAACUUGGGGGACGUGGACUUCUACCAAACUGUCGACAAGGACAACAUGGAGCAGGCAACUGUCAACAACGUCGACCAGGUCAUCGUAGUAUCCGAGUUACUGGGUGUGGACGCCACGGAGCUGACGGAGGCUCUGACGUCGAACUCUGUGGUGACGCGUGGCGAGAUCAUCACGCGAUACAACACCGUGGACGAGGCCAUCUGCACCAGAGACGCCAUGGCUAAGGCUAUGUACGGGCGACUCUUUGACUGGAUCGUCAACAAUGUCAACCGCCUGCUCUCCUUCUGCCGCACUGUCUGCUCGGACCAACUGGCCGUGGGUUUGCUCGACAUUUUCGGCUUCGAGAACUUCGAGAAGAACUCCUUCGAGCAGCUGUGCAUCAAUAUCGCUAACGAGCAGCUGCAGUACUUCUUCAACCAGCACAUCUUCACGUGGGAGCAACAGGAGUACAUGGCCGAGGGCAUACAGGUUGACACAAUCGAAUUCGCGGACAACCGCCCCGUGCUGGACAUGUUCCUGGCCAAGCCGCUGGGUCUGCUGGCGCUGCUGGACGAGGAGAGUCGCUUCCCGCAAGCCUGCAACUCUUCCCUCACUGAGAAGUUCCAUAGCAACAUCCGCUCCAAGUUCUACAUUCGGCCGAAGAGCACCGCGCCCGAGUUCACCAUCCAGCACUUCGCCGGCAAAGUCACCUACGAGGUUAAGAACUUCCUCGACAAGAACAAGAACUUCCUCCCUACUGAGGUCAUCCACUUGCUGCGUCAGAGCUCCCAUGAGGUCAUCCGGUUUCUCUUCCAAUGUCCGCUGACAAAGACAGGCAACCUUUACUACGCGUCCCCCCGGGGCUCGCCACCCGCUUCCUACAACUCCUCCCUCUCCAACUCCAGCAACAAGUUUGACAGCCGCGGGCUGGCGUCGCAGACGAAGGCGCAGCAGACGGUAGGCACUUACUUCAGGUACUCCCUCAUGGACCUCCUCCAGAAGAUGGUUAAUGGAAGUCCUCACUUCGUGCGCUGCAUCAAACCCAACGACCAGAAGGCCAAGAACUCCUUUGACCGAGACAAGGUGGAGCAGCAGCUGCGCUACGCAGGCGUCAUGGAGACCGUGCGUAUCCGGCAGCACGGCUACAGCCACAGGAUUCUCUUCGCAGACUUCCUCAGGAGGUAUUGCUUCCUUGCGUUCAACUACGACGAGCGGGUGCUGGCGACGCGGGACAACUGUCGCCUCCUGCUGGUGCGCCUCAAGAUGGACGGCUGGGCGCUGGGCAAGACUAAGGUCUUCCUCAAGUAUUACCACGUCGAGUUCCUCACCAAGAUCUACGAGAAGGAGUUGCGGCGCAUCAUCACAGUGCAGGCGUGCGUACGCAGCUGGCUGGCGCGCGUACGCUUCCAGAAGCUGCAGCGCAAGCAGUGGGCGCUCGCUACCUCCGUGCUCACGCUACAGAAACACGUUCGCGGGUACCUCACCCGGAAGCGGCUCAACGCAGCGGCCGCACCCGCGGCUGCGUCUCCGCCGCCAGAAAAAACUGGCAAGCCCCAAAAGUCUCCCAAGAAGGGCAAGGAAAACCGCAAAGAAAAAGCCCCGCCACCGCCAGAAAACAUCCAGCCUGCUGCUGGGCGGCCCCCGCGACGAGCGGAGGAGAUGACGAAGGAGGACGCAGCGCUUGUGAUCCAAACACGGUUCCGGGGCUUCAAGGUGCGGCAGGAGUGGGGCCCGGUGCUGGAGGAGCGCCUCAGGGCGCUGGUCGAGGCCCAGGACACCGCUGAAGAGGCCGAGAGGGCGCUUAAGGCGGAGGGGCUGAGUCCUGAGGAGGCGGCUAUGGUGAUACAGAAGUUCUGGGGGCGCCACAAGCGGGCGAAGCAGGAGAAAAAUCCCCAUCCAAACCCCACCAAACGGGGCUCUACUCCCUCAACUCGCAUGUCCGACCUCAUCAUGUUCUCGGAGCAGGUGCACGUCUGUAACCAGGACGUCCACAGCGCCCUGCGCAGGAUCAAGGGGGGCGUCGAGGACAUAAGGGCGCCGCCAUCGGACUACAAGCGCCCCCGGGGCUUCCAGGACGUGCCUGAGAUGCUGCACGAGCAGCGCAAGCGUCUGGCGCCCCAGGUGGGGGGCGGAGGGCGCGUGAAUGUGAGGGUAACGGCCAUGAGAGACCAGCAGCCCUCGCCAGGGUUCACAGACCUGCUGCAGAUCAACAGCGAUGAGGACCUCCUGCCAGACGUGUCGCCUGACACGCCCUGGGACGCGCCCCUGCAGCGCAGGCAGCAGCCGUCCAGACACAACAACAAGCGCGUGAAGCAACACGUCGCGCCCCCUGUCAGGAGCCCCGCGGGGGGCGAGGCCCCUCGAGGCGACAUGUUCGAGGAGCACAAAGCGAACCUGCAGCACGGCGCCCUGCAGAGCCAGCGGAUGCUCAACGAGGCGAGGGAAGCUCAACACCUGCGUCAGUGGCCUGACGCAGGCCCUCUCAAGGGCGUGUCUCCCGUCGACUUCAGGCACGACGGUCCUGAGAGAGGACGAUCGACACCCACGACGAACCUGCAGGCGGCGAGCGAGUUGCGUCAGAUGUUACGCACGACCCAGACGCCCGUGUCAGGAUCACGUGUAGGACCUGCUGCUGCUGGAGGCGCUGACGAGGAGCUUUCAGGACCCUUCAACUUCCAGCAGUUCCUUCGCAGGACAAACUACGCCCCCACAGACACCAUCAGACUCAGACAAAAGGAGCGCGAGAAGCGCAGCUCAAACGGCGCUUUCUAGGGAAAGCGGCUCUGCUUGAGUUACUUUCUUCCCUGAGUCAUGAAUAUUGUUUUAUGUUCGCGUUAUUAUUGCGACAUAACUUGAUGACCUGAACACUUGGGAAAAUGAAUGGCUCAUGUUGUCCAAAUAGGGCCCACUUUAUAAUAUAAUACACAGCAGGAUCAGGAAGCGGACGUAGCACUGAUACCCUUUUUUAAAUGGCCAGACUGAGCCACGAUGACCCACAUAUGGGCAAAAAAUGCAUAGUUAUUUGGACACUGUCUCACUCAUUUCUCUGUGUGUACUUUUUCAUAUGGGAAAAUCAGCCAAAUUAUUCGAGCUACGCGAGAAAUGAGUCCCUACAACAGAUAGCGUGUUUUGUGAUGGACCUUCUAUUGAUAUUCCUUUCUGUUGCCCAAAGUUAAGACAUUCUACGAGUAUAUGUCUGUCUAAAAGUGCAAUGACUACUCCUCCCUUGAAUGAUAUAUACCAGGUCCAUUAAGUCGCCAUGCUUUGGCCUUUGUAUCAUUCGGUAAUUGCUGAGCCUUGCCCCGUUGGUUAAUUUUUUCAGUCAUCACCUAUAACGGCAUUUAGUGCUGUGAGCUACUGCAAAUUGUACAAUAUUUGAACAGAAAUGGAUCGUAUACUUUCGAUCCAAUUUCUGCCAUUCCUCCUCAAAAGCUUUGAUACAACGUGCUUGACGAAAAAAAAUCUUCUGGUGUUUAGAACACUCAGUUAUUGUGGAAUUUUGUAGGUAUAUAGAACGUAGAGAAGGUAUAUGCACUCAACAUUCUCCUCGAUUUCAGGAAAUUUCCUUGAAAUCGGAAAAUGUAAAUAGCUUUACUCUUUAGUGUUUUCGUUGUCAAGCGCGUAGUGUGAAGCUGAACAGUGUUUUUCUCAGUUUUUUAUUUUUAUUAUUGAAAUAUUUUAAUGCUUAUUGUUGGA